AUGCGACGUCGCCAAUGGACGGUCGUCAUUCUCUUCGUCUUCCUGUUGAUAUGCGCAUACACAGUCUUCACACUCCCCUCCGAUCGACGACCGAUAGUCCCCAUCACAGGCUCCGACAAGCCCCCUCCGCCCCCGCAAGAUCAACAGACACUCGGUAACGAUGCUGCUGCCGCCGCCGCUCCUCCUCCCGACAGACGACCAAAGUCCGCUGGCGGCACCGGAUCACACCCCAUGUGGCACCUCAUGACGAGCGCCGAGAAGGAGUUCCAGGAUACGCUGAAGCGCCAGUCCAAGACCCUCGAGGACGCCGUCAAGGAGUACAAGCGCCGGUACAACAUCCCGCCGCCGCCCAACUUUGACAAGUGGUUCGAGUUCGCAAAAGCCAGCGGCGUGCAACUCAUUGACGAGUUCGAUAUGAUACACGAGAUGCUCACGCCCUUCUGGGGUCUGAAGCCGGCGACGAUACGGGAGCGGGCGCGCGAGGCCUUGGGCUUCGAUAACAAGUUGAUCGGUCUCCUGAUCCGGGACCACAAGAUCAAGCACAUCCAGGGCGGCCAGGAUUGGCAGCGCGACGCCACCUCUGGCAUGAUUAAGAAGUUCAUCGAGCACCUGCCCAGCAUGGACAUUGCCUUCAACAUCCACGACGAGCCGCGCGUGGUCGUCCCUCAUGAGGACCUCGCACGCCUCGUCAGCCGCGCCAAGGACGUCAACAUGCCCAAGGCGAACGCCGCCAUCAACCCGGAAAACGCUUUUACGAAGCGCGCCGCCGGCCUCAGCGACGGUAAUAUCAUCGAGGAGUACAAGCGCACCCGCUUCAACGUCUUUGCCCACCAGCCCACCUGGACGCACUCCCGCAUGUCCUGCCCGCCCGACAGCCCCUCGCGCGGCCUCGAAGACGACGAGCUGUCCGACGACAUGAGCAAGUACGGCGUCAGCGAGCUCGGCUUCGUCUACAACGUAACCGCCAUGUCGGACAUUUGCCUCUCGCCCUCCCUGAGCGCGACCUACGGCUUCUUCGACCGCCCCAACGCCUACAACAUCGUCCACGACCUCUUCCCCAUCUUCUCCCAGUCCAAAAUCUCCUCCUACAACGACAUCCUCUACCCUUCACCCUGGUACUGGUACAAAAAGGUCGCCUACGACGAGUCAAAGGACAUUCUUUGGGAGCAGAAGCAGGACCGCCUCUAUUGGCGCGGCUCCACAACGGGCGGCUUCUCCCGCAACGGCGGCUGGCGCCGCCAGCACCGCCAGCACCUCGUGCAGAAGCUCAACGCCGCCGACCAGGCCAAGAUCUACACCAACCGCGGCGAUGAGCAGACCCCUAAGUGGGAGGUAAAAGAAGUACCCCGCGGCGACUACCGCGAGAUCGUCGACGUCUUCUUCUCGCACGUCGGACAGUGCGACCCGGGCGACUGCGACGCCGAAAAGGAGUUUUUCAAGAUCCAGGGCCACGCAGAGCAGCAGGACGCCUGGAAGUACAAGUACCUCCUCGACAUGGACGGUAAUGCUUUCUCGGGCCGCUUUUAUGCCUUUUUGCAGUCCCGCUCCCUCGUCUUCAAGCUCGCCAUCUUCCGCGAGUGGCAUUUCGAGUGGCUUCGCCCUUGGGCGCACUAUAUCCCCAUGAGCCUGCAGGGCGACGACUGGCUCGAGAGCGUGCGCUUCUUUGGCGACGGCGCGCUGGGGCGCAACGAGGCUGAGCGUAUGGCGCUCAGCAGUCGCGACUGGGCGAAUAAGGUGCUUCGCAAGGAGGAUAUGGAGGUCUGGUUCUUCCGCCUCCUUCUAGAGUACGGUCGUGUCAUUGACGACAAGAGAGACACCAUCGGCUUCGCCCUCGAAACUAUCCCAGAACCACCGGCGUAA